CCUCAAUUGAAGACCGGAGCAUAACAUGCCGAAAGGUGAUCCAAAAGCGCAACCCGACCCGGGCUUUCCCCGGGUUUUCAUCCUCCUGCAUUUUCCUCCUUCGGCGCGAUAACUCGUCUCCCUCUUGCUCUGAAAUUUCUAUGGCUUGAAAUGGGCAGAAGCAGUAAAAGCGAGAAGAAGCACAGAGACCGCACGAGGAGUUCAUCUCCAUCCGCCUCUGCAUCAUCAUCACCAUCAUCUUUGUCGAGCUUCAGCGAUGGCCAUAUUUCAAAACGCCGUAAACGCAAUCGUAGCCGUCGCCGACAACGGGACGAUGACUACGAUGGCGAUUCGAGGAGAGAGAAGGAUAGGAGGAGAGAUAGAAAGUCCAGAAGGAGGGAAUUGGAAAAGGAUACAGAGGGAAAGUAUCACCAUAAACGGAGGUCGCGGCGAGAGGGGAAAAAGCGGGUCGUGAAGUCUGAUGAUGAGUCUGAAUCUUCUGGUGAGGAUAGUUCAGAGCCCAGGUCUCGAAGCAAUGCCAAAGCUGUAACUCAGCGUGUGUUGAAGAAGUUCCCUGGUGUGGCAGGUGAUUUGCAGCAGCUUCUGCAAAUGAUUGAUGAUGGGCAAGCUGUAGACAUAAGGGAAAUAUCUGAAAGAUCUUUGACUAAGCAUUUGAAGAAAUUGUUCAAGUCAUUGAACCUUAAGGAAAGUGGGGAUGGAGUUUUUUUACUACCUUCUAAUGUUCGUCCUACAUGGGAAGUUGUUGGACCGAUAAUUUGUUUGCAUAUUGAAACUAAGGAAGAAUGGUUGGAUCAUCCUAUCUCUACAAAUGAUUUGCAUUCAACACUACCAGAAGUGCAAUGUAAAGUGAUGAAUGACGAGAGUUUGACGAUGCCACAUCCAGAGGUUGAGAAUUCUGCACCUAGGAGAAGGAUGAUUGGCCCUGAAAUGCCAUCUGCUGAGCUGCUUGCUGCAGCAGCAAAAUUAACGGAAGCGGAGGCUGAGCUGAGGGAUGCAAAGGUGGAGGAAGACACUGAACUAUUUAUUGGACCUCCACCGCCUGCUGUAGUUGCUGAAGCUGAAUCAGCGAAUGAGGCAGAGCGUUUUGAAGAGGUCUCAAGAAUUAUGGGAGUUGAGGUUGAUAGUCCAUACGAUGUGUUGGGGGUGAACCAAAAUAUGUCAUCUGACAACUUAAAGAAAAGGUAUUGGAAGCUGUCUCUUAUGGUGCAUCCAGACAAAUGUUCUCAUCCUCAAGCCCACCAAGCUUUCAUUAUAUUAAAUAAAGCCUUUAAAGAUUUACAAGAUCCCAAUAAGCGAAAAGCUGUAGAUGACAAAAUCAAAAUCAAGGAAGAACAAGAAGAAUUUAAGGCUGAGCUGCGAGCAAUGCGUGAGGCUGCACAAUGGAGGCGGUUGCAAGGUAUAUCCAUGGAGGGUGAUGAUGAGCUUCUUGCGGAGAUGGAAGUGAAAGUGGGAUCGAAAAGAGAUGAGUGGAUGACAACGCUACCUCCUGAGAGGAAACCUGGUAUGACUAUGCAGUCGACAAAAUUUAGCAGAAGCACUAAAGGGCGUGGUGAUACUAGUGUGUGGACAGAUACCCCUUCUGACAGAGCCGAGAAAGCGAAGAUGAAUUAUUUGGAGGCCUAUAAUGAGGCUGCGGCACUUGCUUCCAAUGAGGAGGAAAAGAUGAAGGCAAGGUCAGAUGCUGAUUUGGUGGAGAAAUACAAUAAAGCAAGGCGACCAAAAUCGUUAGUACAAAAGCACCAAGAAGAAUUUUCGAGCCAUUCAAAAAGAAAAUCCAAGCAGCUUCCUCCAGAAAAAGAGGAAUGGGUGGGAAAGCAUCCAUGGAAGCCUUGGGAUCGUGAGAAGGACUUGACAGCUGGGCAGAAAAGCAUCAAAUUUGAUUCUGAUAGCAUGGCUCAGGGAUUGACUUCCCGAUUUUCAUCAGGAACCUUUCAAAAGAACUUUCUUUAGGGAAUGAAUGGGUGCUUGUAGUGUUGUUUGCCUGAGACUGAUAGCCUUGGGGAAGUUUUAAGCUUUGUUCCCACCGUGCGACUUGUAAAGGAAUUCUCUCUGUGGGCAGUCCUUCCAGAUUUCAGCAGCCCAUACAUGUCUCUUUCCAACUUGUAUUUCACGUCGUUGUUUUGUCGGCAGUCGUUGCAGUUAGGUUGCAGAAAUAGCUCAAGGUGUGUGAGCGUGUGAGAGAGCACGAGUGAGCUAAGCUAUUAUGCUAUAUUUAUUGUAAGGUUAGUUUUUAGGCUUGCUCAAAUUUUUUACACUAAAAGUACAUGUUUGUAUAAUUAUAGUAAUGUUUUGAGAUUAUUCAUCUCAUAUUGCAUUGAAGAUUGGUUCUUA